UCCUAGUGACGCUUUGCUUUUCUUCUGCUCUUGGUGAGAAAGUGCCUCCUUCUUCCCAGGACCAGGACCUCUGCCAUCCAGCGCCACAAAGAGACAUUCUGCACACACACACUCACACACGCACACACACACUUGCCCAGAGACAAACUUAAGGUGAGGGGGAAAAGCGCUAGCUUCACUUCAUCUCCGGGCUCCAACUUCAGCAGGACUUGAGAGCAUCUGCGCUUCUGGAUUUCAGAACAAGUGAAGAAGAUUCUCUGGGCUACAAAGAUGAAGAGUCUACUUAUUCUGGUGCUGAUUUCAAUCUGCGGGGCUGAUCACCGUUCAGACAACUACACUCUAGAUCACGACAGAGUUAUUCACAUCCAAGCGGAAAAUGGCCCCCGUCUACUCGUGGAAGCAGAACAAGCCAAGGUGUUCUCACAUAGAGGUGGCAAUGUUACACUGCCAUGCAAAUUUCUUCGAGACCCUACAGCAUUUGGCUCAGGAACCCACAAAAUCCGAAUCAAGUGGACCAAGCUAACUUCAGAUUACCUCAAGGAAGUGGACGUUUUUGUUUCCAUGGGAUACCACAAGAAAACCUAUGGAGGCUACCAGGGGAGAGUGUUUCUGAAGGGAGGAAGUGAUAACGAUGCUUCUCUGGUGAUCACAGAUCUCACCCUGGAUGAUUAUGGGAGAUAUAAGUGUGAGGUGAUUGAAGGACUAGAAGAUGAUACUGCUGUGGUAGCAUUAGACUUACAAGGUGUGGUAUUCCCUUACUUUCCACGACUGGGUCGCUACAAUCUCAAUUUUCACGAGGCACAGCAGGCUUGUCUGGACCAGGAUGCUGUGAUUGCCUCCUUCGACCAGCUGUACGAUGCCUGGCGGGGCGGGCUGGACUGGUGCAACGCCGGCUGGCUCAGCGAUGGGUCUGUGCAGUACCCCAUCACAAAGCCGAGAGAGCCCUGCGGAGGCCAGAACACAGUGCCUGGAGUCAGGAACUACGGGUUUUGGGAUAAAGAAAAAAGCAGAUAUGAUGUUUUCUGUUUUACAUCCAACUUCAAUGGCCGUUUUUACUACCUGAUCCACCCCACCAAGCUGACCUAUGAUGAAGCGGUGCAGGCGUGUCUCAAAGAUGGUGCUCAGAUUGCAAAAGUGGGCCAGAUAUUUGCUGCCUGGAAACUUCUGGGAUAUGACCGCUGCGAUGCGGGCUGGUUGGCGGAUGGCAGUGUCCGCUACCCUAUCUCUAGGCCAAGAAGGCGCUGCAGUCCCACUGAGGCUGCAGUGCGCUUCGUGGGGUUCCCAGACAAGAAGCAUAAGCUGUAUGGUGUCUACUGCUUCAGAGCAUACAAUUGAGCGUGCCCCUAGCGCACGUCUGUUUUCAAGUCAUUGAGAACAUGUGAAAGGUUUUAUUUCAAUAUGAACUCGUGCAAGUUACCAAAACUGUGAGAACCCUUUUUUACUUACUGUAAAGAGUCAUUUUCAUAAAGACCAAUUCAUUAAUUUGUUUUUGUAAAGCGAUCAUUCAAUAUAUAUUAUAAAUUAAUAUAAUUUUAAGGGAAGCUCCACAAAAGGAGGCUUUGGAGCCAAACUGUUUAGGCUACACCGUCCCAGUGAAGUAUCCUUUCAUGAAAGGGGCACGCAAUAGUUGAAAAUUGCCAGGAUUCAAUUAAGGAAAGUAAAGCUACUCAGAGCAGCAGCUUCCACAAGCACAAAUUUUACACAUUUGUACAAUUUUGAAAUGUACUGCGAUAAACAAAUUAGAGCGACAGAUUUGAAAUACAGGCUUCUUUACCAUAAACCGAGAUUCUGAGAGGUUGCACAAAACUCAGUUUCACAAGGGAACAAUCCACACUUUUCUAAAAGUUAAUAUUUCAAAUCUCCGAUAGACAGAAUAUUUUACUCUUUAAAAUCCUGCCUUUUUGACCAAAAUACGAAAUUCAUAGGAACUCCAAUGCAUAGAAACAAGCACAGUUAAAACUCCUUAACAACCCCGUUGAUAUGAAGUAAGAAACUUAAACAAGCAGAUAAUAUUUAACCAAUGAGAGAUUCCUACAUUCUUCUAAUUAAAAUUACACAUGCCUGAGAAGAAUCGUUUUAUCUUUCAAGUAGCUUUACUGAGUUCUAUUUAAAUUCUAAGGGCCGUUUGCUAAGCAGCAUUUAGCAUCUACUCAGGGCAGUUAUAUAGAUAAACUGCUGGACAGAAAAAGUGUAAAAUUUAGCAGCUUGACUUUAUGUUAGCCUAUGAAAUGUUACUGUCCUAUAAAAAUAACUUUAUUUAAUAUUUCCUUAUUUACGUUACAUAAAAAAUUAAAUCAUAAAAGGAAUGAAUAACUAUACGUUUGUCUAACCAAGAAGAAAGGACCCAACUUUCAAAAUUCUUAUUAUUCCUAUUUGUAUAUACACUAGAAAGCACAACUAGUGCCUGUGUUUGGGGAAAAAAGUCAACAAAGUAGUUCUAAACCUCCCUCCAUAUAGAAAAUGUGGUCGAUGAUGUCACUUUCCUUGCUGACCAUCAUUAGUCUUAAGUGAAAUGCUGAAGCUGUUAUCACAGAGUUUACACUAAAAUCUUCAGGGCUUUAAGUGAAAAGGUAAGGCCAGCUUCAGAAAAACAACUUUCCGUAUUAGCAGCUCCAAUCUUAAAUAAAGCUCUGUUUUCCUAUAUUUCUAUGACUGUUGAGACCCCACAGGGACCAAUAUUUGUAUUCAAAUUACAUUUCAUGGUUUCCCAUUGUUUUACAAUGAGUUCUAAUAAAUGGGAUUUAGUAUAAGAAUCCAAGUAUGACAUAGCUGGUAUGCUUUCAUGAAUGUUUUUAUGUAGAUUUUCCUCCCAUGAACAUGAGUAAAUAAAUCUGUUUCCUGAAUUGAUUGUGGUUGCAUUUAAAGCUCUGUAAUAAUUCUAAUAAAUUUACUCUAUAAAUGUAGAGUUAUGUGUGUGGAAGGUAUAGAACAAUUGGAAGUCCAUGAAACCAUAACUAUAUUCAUACGUUAUCUAGACAAAAUAUUGUAAAUAAAAGUAGAUCACUUCUUUUAUCAAAAGCAUAUCUGGAAAUUUUCAGAUGCUUUAAUAUUAAAAGAUGACAAUAUAUGCAUGCACAUUUUUACAUUAGGUUGGAUAUGCAAACUAUACAAAAAUAUAAAUCCAAAGAGAUUGCGAGGUUUAACUCAAUCUCUGCUGAUGCAAAUAAAAUUCGAACUUCUAAAUUAAAAAUACUUGAAGGGUCUAGAAGAAGAUGAAGAUAUUAUUUAAAAAGGAGACCAGCUCCAAAGUAGCAACUCUAACACCUCAAAUAUGGGGAUUAGCUCAUUGGAGAUAGCCCAUAACUUGAACGAUUAUUACCCACGUUACAAGAAUUUUAUUGGAAAUGCAAGUGGGAACAAAUUUCUAUUGAAGCAGAUAUAAAAAUUUCAGUUAUUGCUGUAGAACUCUACCUUUAUAAUGUUAAGCAUAGUAGCAUUUCUUAACUUUUGAAUACUUACUAGUUUAGGAAUUGGUGCUGAUCAAAAUCUCUGGAGUGACUGUUAACUGAUUAAAAUCUAUACCAAUUGCA